AUGACGAAAAUAUCAGACACUACGUCGAGGAAAAGACGCAGAGAAGAUCUAUCAAGUCAUAUGCAUUUAGUUGAAAUUUUUGAGGAUCUUGCAGACCUAGAUGAAACGAUCCGGCUUGAAGCUGCUCAUUCACUAGUAGCUCAACACAUUAUCGAUAAUCACAGUGCUUCCCGUGGCCACGAGAUUUACCAGAUAUUGAAGAGACUCAUAAGAGGUCUCUGCAGCGGUCGCAAAGCUGCUCGUAUUGGGUUUUCAGUCGCCCUGACCGAGAGCUUAAUCAAGACGUUUGAGCACGUCCCAAAUGACUCGUCUGCUUGGCCGAGUGUCUCUGGUGUUCUCAAUGUGCUAAGAGAGCAGACCACUGCUACUGGUGGACUUUCGAGCCAGGUGAGUGACGAGGCUCAACGCGUCGGUUUUUCCCAAUCUGAUGCCUCUUUAAAGGAAGAACGAGACUACUCUCUGGGGCGCCUCUUUGGUGCCGAAGCUAUCAUUCGAGCUAACAUAAUUGAAACCAAGUCUGGCGAAGCAUCUGCCUGGGAGGCAAUUGUGGAUCUCAUACUAGGUCUUGCGAGAGACAAGGAAUGGCUGAGAGAGGAGUGCGGGUACGUGCUUUAUCGUACGAUCCAAGAAUCCAACAUUCCAAGCGAUGAGCCACGCUUGGUCGAAGUAAUUGCAGAGAAGUUUAGAGCCUUUGGUCUGGCCCAAACUCCUGAGGGCGUCGCAACAUGGAUUGCUGCUUUAUUAAAGCAUCCUACAAGACAGCUCCCAUGUGACACCUGGCGCGAGGGUAACCCAUUGAGCCGCAAAAAUAAAACUCAACUUUGCCAAGUCAUGAAGCAAGCUUUUGCAAAAGGUGAAAAUGAAGACGCUACUUCGGCUUCCGCACAAAUUGGUCAUUGGAAUGCUAAGAUUCACUUCGCCUGGUCUGUCAUUCUUUCUUAUAUGGGGGUUUCCCAGAAAGGAGAUUUAGAAAAGGAUCAUCAAGGAUCUCACGACCUCCUGAGCUUUCAGGAGUUUUGGGACGGAUGUGUUGAUUCGAGUCUUUUUCAUCCAUCUUCCUCGUUGGAACGAAAGUAUUGGGGCUUCUUGCUCUUUCAGCAGUGCAUUAAGGAAGUUCCAUGCCCAAAGCUUGAUUCUUUAUUCAGUAACAACUUCAUGCAAUGCCUGGUUAAUCACUUAGCUUCAUCGGACCGAUAUUUACAUCGAGCAGCUAAGCGGACACAAGAGGCCAUUCUAAGUAGGGCCAGCGUGGAGCAUUGUGUCAUUCCCAAAAUACUUUCGUGCAUUUCAGCUGCUUCUGGGGGUGAGCUUAACUUCGACGGCAAGACAAAAACAAAGACUGUCGAGAAAUUAAUGUCAAAAGCUGCCCUAACGGAACCGCAGCCCAUUGUUGAAUUCUAUGACGCAGUGAUGCAGCAGCAGCUUGCUAGGGGAGACGUAAAAGCUGCGCUCACGGGGCAAAAGCUUCUCGUCGAUCAUGUCGCUGCUGCCCUCAAAGCUGCCUCUGAACAUGUUUCCGGUAAUAUUGCUGCCAGAGGCUUCGUUCGGGGAGCUCUUUACAUCCUCGGCAAGUAUGCAUAUAUUGACGUGAGCUCUGGCUCAGGGAAUGGAGAUGCCACGUUGCCCGAUGAAGCCUUCGCAAGCUUUCGCUCCUUGGUAAGAGCGCGUUUGUCUUCUUGUCUAACAUAUCUUGUGGACAAAGUUCCUGCCAUUCAACAAGUCACCUACACACUCAUAUGCGAUCUCAACGGCCACGAGAGCGAACAUAGAUCCUCAAGGCUUUUACAUAGAGCUGAUACGAGCGUGAAACGUUCGUUAGAAAAAGCUCUCGCAAAGUUGAGUAAGCUAGAUCGCGAAAUUAGGGCAGGCUCGCCAAACCAGAAAAUGUUGCAGUCUGCCAUGCUUUUGCUUUCAUUGAUUGUCCUACAGGUUUAUAAUGAAGACGUCGAUGCAGCCAGACUGCUGGAUGAAUUGAAUGAAGCUUUUGACAAACGAGGAGAUCAUGGUGACAUAGCUAUCGUACUACAAGAAUCCAGUACCCUUGUCGAUAUUCUUCUGAGUUUCGUAUCGAAACCGUCACUCCUUUUUCGUCGCAUCUCAAAUCAGGUAUUUAGCUCAUUCACUGACUGUGUCGACGAAAUUGGCCUACGAUACUUGUUCAAGGUCCUCAAUACGAAAGAGACCUUGGCCGGCCAGGACGAAGUCUUUGAUCAAGAAGAAGCAGAAGUAGAAGCAGAAGGAGAAGAGGAAGAGUUUGGUGAGGGCGACAUAGAGACGGACUGUUCUUCAAAUGUUGAAGACGGCAAAGACAAAAUUGAGAUUUCUCGAGACUCAUCUACUUUUGAAGAUGAGCAUAGCGACACAGCAAUGGAAUUUCUAUCCUCGGAACUCUCUAAUGAUGAUCAGGGAGAGGAUGACCCGGAGGAAUUGGCAGUAUUUGACCUCAAACUAGCUCAAGCGUUAAAAACGCAUACUUCCCAGGUGGACGGUGAGACCUCGUCAUCGAACGGAGACAUGAACGAUGACCAAAUGGGGGAGCUCGAUGAGCAAUUAGAGCAUAUGUUCCGGGAACGCAAGAAGACUACAAACAGAAAGAACGAGCAAAGAAGAGCGAGAGAAACAAUUGUUAAUUUCAAAUGUAGAGUCUUGGAGCUGCUUGACGUGUACCUCAAACAGGAGCAUGCCAAUCCGCUCGCCUUGAAGGUCAUUCUCCCUCUUCUGCAGCUUGCAAGAAAAUCGGGCAGCCCACUUGUAUCCCGAAAAGCCUGUGACCUUAUCCGAGAAUACUCACGCCGAUGUAGAGGUGAUGGAAUUGCUAGAAUAGCAGAUUCAGCAUCCGCAAUGGAACUUCUGGGCUCGAUACAUGAAGAAGCUGCUAAAGAAGCUUCAAAUGCACACGCAGGUGCAUGCAGCCAAGCGAGUAUUUUGGUGGUCAGGACGUUGGCCGCUUUGGACAGAGAGUACCUUCGUCAGGUGGUCAGGUUGUAUGCAAACUCGCAAGAAAGGUCAUUGCUCGACGCUGGUUUCAAAAUCAAAGCAGCGUUCUUUAAAGACUGGCUAAACUGGUGCAGCAAUGCGCCGAAGUGA